UGGAUUUCUUUGGAUACUUGAGAAGGGGCGGAUUGGUCAUCGUAAGUAUUGGUAUAAGCAUGACGGGUGUUCGAUGAUUGCUUCGGCAUGAUUCGUUCUGAGAAAUUACCGUUGAACUUGAUCUGGAUAAUACCAGCGAAAGGACAUGCUUCAACCCUCCCUCUUCCUUUGCUUUGUGUUGACUUGUUAACUGCUGACCGCAACCACCGACUCGAACCCCCGGUCAGAGAGGUUGACAUUAACGAACGGGAGGCUGGUUUUGUCAUUUACAGGUCUUCUCAGCCUUCAGUCAGGAUCAGAGCUGUCUUAGCAAUUGACAAGUGUCAGCAAGCUUAUUCAAAACCGCACCCUUCCAGGUUCCUAUUGCCUCAUCGGACAAGCUCUCCAAACAAUUCGCUGCCCUCUUCGGCGUUUUUCUAACCUUUUGCUCGCUGCAAGAGCUUCCACUUCGCCGUCACCCUUCACACUUCCUUAUUCGAACCCCUAGCGACCACAUCCCUACAAUCACCAGUCCAUAUACCACAGGACGAAUACAAUGAGUUACUCGAUAGAUCUUAUUGAUCCAUAACAAAAAAGACUCUAGUUUCCAACAGUUUCCAAAUAGUGCUUUUCACUAUUUCAAAGUUCUUGUUUGUACCACCUCGUCUCCGGUUGAAAAU